AUGCUGGUAAUUCUAGGGUUUUACUGGCCCUGCGCCAGCAAACACGUAACACAUCUGAAACGCGACUUCUGCGAUGCUGAGAAGAGCCUUCGCUUGCUGUCAGCGGGACUGAGCCCGCGUCGCGCAGCCCUGGCCCGGAGAAGGCAGCGGAGCGGCUCCCUCGCUAGGAACGGCGCCCGUCGAGCAGCGGGUGCCCCUGAAGGCGCCGCGCCGCUCUGCGCCGCACGGCCCCAAGGUAAUUACCCGACCGCCCUCGGCUCCUCCCGCUCGCCUUCCCCCAGAGAGCGGCCCCGCUCCCGCUGCUCCCGGAGCCCCGGAACGGCAGACCCUCCCAGCUACCGACCGCCUGCCUCCUCCGGCCCAACGGCGGCUGGGCGCCUCUCCGCCCGCUCCGGGCCCGCGGCGGCCGCAACGGCGCCCUGCGCGGAGAGGCGGUGGCGAGGCGCGCGCCGCCCCACGACGCGCUGGGUUGCUAAGCGACACCGCUCGCGGGCGCACCGCGAUCGCCGCGUCGCCGGCAGGAGGCACGCGAUUGGAGGAAAGCCGAAGGCGUUAAUUCGGUGUCCGUAUCCCUCCUGCAGCUCAGCUGCACUAACGUUAUCGUGGUCUUUCCCUAGCAGCAACGAAAGGCUGCCCGGGAGGAACGAAGCAGGCGGCCGCCGAAGCCGGCUUUCGAGCGGCGAGAAGCUGGCCGCACUGCUUCCUGCAGGUGACCCGGGCGGCGCCUACUGGGUGGACUCGCAGCAGAAGCGGUACGUUCCGGUGAAGGGCGACCACGUCAUAGGAAUAGUGACGGCCAAGGCGGGAGACGUGUUUAAGCUGGACGUCGGUGGGAGCGAGCAGGCGUCGCUGUCCUACUUGGCCUUCGAAGGCGCCACGAAGAGGAACAGGCCGAAUGUGCAGGUGGGAGAUCUUAUUUAUGGUCAGUUCCUUGUAGCAAAUAAAGACAUGGAACCAGAGAUGGUCUGUAUAGACAGCAGUGGAAGAUCAAGUGGAAUGGGAAUAAUUGGACAAGAUGGCUUCCUCUUUAAAGUUUCCUUAGGUCUAAUAAGAAAACUCUUGGCUCCCAAAUGUGAAAUAAUUCAGGAGUUGUCACAAUUGUACCCGUUUGAGCUGGUGCUGGGAAUGAAUGGAAGAAUAUGGGUAAAAGCAAAAACAGUUCAACAGACUUUAAUUAUAGUAAAUAUUUUGGAAGCCUGUGAGUAUAUGACUGCAGAACAGAGAAAACAAGCUCUUGCCAAAUUGUCAGGGAAUUGAUAAAAGAAAACAUUGAGGAUUUGCUUGAGAUGACUGUAGGGUGUUUUGGUUAUUUUUGUAUUCAGAUUCAUAUUAAAAGCCAUUUUUAAAUG